AUGAAGCUCCUCACAGGCCUGUUCCUUUGCUCCUUGGUCCUGGCAGUCAGCAGCCACCCCUGGAUCGACUUUGUGGGUGAGGCUAUGAGAGGGUCCUGGGACAUGUGGAGAGCCUACUCUGACAUGAAAGAAGCCAAUUUCAUAAAUUCUGACAAGUACUUCCACGCUCGGGGGAACUAUGACGCUGCCCAAAGAGGCCCUGGAGGAGUCUGGGCUGCUGAAGUGAUCAGUGAUGCCCGAGAAAAUUUGCAGAAAUUCCUGGGCCGAGGGGCAGAGGACACAGAGGCCGACCAGGCUGCCAACCGCUGGGGCCGCAGCGGCAAAGACCCCAAUCACUUCCGACCCGAGGGACUGCCUGACAAGUACUGAGCAACCUGCUGUUAGCCCCAUUGGCCCAGGACCCAGAGUGUUGAGUUCAACACCCUGUUGUGUCAAGAAGCUGGUGGAAGGAACAUAACUGGUGUCUGUCUAAUAAAUGUUCAGGUGACUGAA